CAAGAUAAUGAACAAAAUUCAUUAAAUAGUAACAAUAAAUCUCUAACAAAUGCACAAUUCCAACGACAAAAAACAAUACAAUUUUGUAUUGAUACUUUGUUACAUGCACUUAAUUGUUGUAUAGUCAAUUGUAUUUAUCGUGGUUGUCUUUGUUAUAAACGUAUUAUACAACAUGCAAAAGAUUGUAAAGAAAAAAAUCGUCAAUGUUAUAAAUGUAAACAAGUUAUUUUUCUUUGUUGGCAUCAUGCUAAAAGUUGCCUGAAUCAAAAUUGCCAAGUUCCAUUUUGUAUGAAUUUAAAAUCUAUAAUAGAAAUCGACCGGGCAACUAGUUUACAAACAGAUCGACUUCUUAUCGAAGCCAUAAUUAAGCAAGAGGAAACAAAUAUUAGGCAAACACAAAUACAAGAUAAAUGA